GGAAGAACAACGGAGCAAAGAAUCCCACGCUUCCUCAAAGAACACUGCAUCUUUUGAUGUUUACUUGUCGAAGACAUUGUUAAUGAGUAAAGGAGGAGCAGUUGGAGGAGGUACAGCUCCUCCACCUAAAGUAGCUGGAAAUACUUUCGACGUCAACUACCCCACUUCACUCGUCUCGACGCACAUGAUCUACGAUUACUGCUGUAACGAAAUUGAAGCAAUGUUGAAAGGAGAGGAUGCUACGACUGGAGGAGGUGAAGAAGGUGAACACCUACAGCAGGUACAGACAGAGAAAGGAGUACCCUCGGCUGCUGCCACAACUACUUCCCCAGUCGGUGCUGCUGCUACUGCCGGUCAUCAACAACAAUCCUCAACGUUCGGCUUGUGGGCCGCUGUGUGGGCUGAUCGUGGGUCUACAGCUUAUCGCGUACUAUCCACACUCCGACUAAGAGUAGUUUCUGCAGACCCAGGUGGUAUGCAUGAAAACCUCGCGAAGCGGAAAGUCUCUCAUCGUCUCAAGUCAUUGUUACAAGUCAUGGCCAGCACGAGGAUUCCGAGACCGGCUAUCGUUCUCAAUAGUAGCGAUAUGUACGGACGAGGAGCUGUUCGAAGAGAUGAUGAAAAAAAUGCACCAAAUUUUUACGAUGAAGAUGAAACAGGUCCUCGUCGCGCUCAAACAACAACUACAAGUCCUUCUUCAAAAGCAAAGAAAGCAUCUUCAAAAUUGGGUAAAAGGCGGAGAAGAGAAGUUCCUGACCAAGAAGAUGAACAACGUGAGGAUCAUGACAUCAAAAAAAGCUCACCCAAGAAGGAUCGCAAAAAACGACGCACCAGCCAAGGCGCUGAAGAUAUGGCCGAAGAUGCUGCUGAAGGUACAGAAGUGGACGACGAUGGCGCAGAAGCGCAGAUGCAGAACGAACAGUAUGAAAAACUACCUGAGGUGGAGCCUGAACAAGACCACGGUAGUGGUAAAAGAGAGUCCCUAGAAGAUGAGAGGGCGGCUCUUAGACGCGAGAAGGAGGAACUCGAUCACUUCACAGCUUUCAUAGACAGAGCAAGUCGCGAACCUAGUGGUAAGUCGCCCGCUAAUAAGGGAACGGCUGUUGUGGUUACCCGAAGUUUGAAGACUGGUGAGAGGGUAGAAUUAGAUGAUGUAGAGGACCACAUGGCUGCUGAAGAAGCUCAGACUCGUCGACUAGAUACUCAAGAGGACGAUCUUCAGGGAGAAGGGGUAGACGAGGAUGGAGAGCUACAACGACAAGAGCUACAACGACAUGCUGCAGAAGUAGAUGAAAUGUACCGCCGGAGUAAAUGUGAUAUGAUGACCACCUCCUUCAUGCAGAGAAGAGAGCGAGAGCUCUUUAUGAUAAAGAGUGCUGUUAUGGUGCAAACACCUUUGUCGGUAUCAUCAUCUUUGUAUCAAUUGGGCUGGUCUUUUCGCCUGAGUCUCUUAUUGCCUCCACAUCAUUACUCACUCCCACCAACGCGCUAAUUGCACAGCGGUAGUGAGAUGGCAACACCCCUCAGACGCAAGCAAUCCCAAGUGGAUCGCUGGCAAAGAGGAAGAUUCGACGGAACUGCAAAUUCUCUAGACCUGGAUAACAAAUCCCUCGGGAGCCGUUCCUGUAGUGCAUCGGAAUAUCCGCUGAAGAGCACCUUUGAAAAGCGCAUUGGAAAACGUCAAAGAUAGCCAAAAAACGCAGGUCCUGUUCAAUCUCAGCAUCACUUGAACUCCUGUUCUUUCUCAACCUCACAAGAGGGACUCAUCAGUGUACAUGACUCAACUAACAACUCACUCCAUGACUAUGGUAACUCAUAUGACUCAUCUCAAUAACACAGCGGUGUUACCUCUCGUUACUCACUACACAUCACUAGUUGCGUACUAACUGUCAACUGCAUUCAACUAUGAUGCUUCUCGCACGUUUCUCCUACCAGAUGUACGCGACAGGGGUGUCGCUAGCUGCAGACGCAACAGAUUGCGCACAUUUGCGCAUCAAUGACGCGAUCCGAGAAGCACACCGUGUGCACAUGACACCUCGGCGCCAAGUACAACAUUGGGUGCACCUCCUCACGUUCUACUCAUCCUCGCUUCUUCGUCUUUGGAUCCUCUCAGAAGUAAUCAGGUUUGGCAACGGUGGCAAUGACGAUCUCGCUUUUGCCAAGGCUGCUGCCAUCUAUCUGCUCAUGCAAAUCGCAGAGAUAGCGCGCAUCUGGCGCCGAAUCCUAGGAGCAGUUGGGUCAAAUCGCGACCUUGCAUCUCAAAUUUCGACCAUUAUCGCCAGAGCAGCCGUCCCAGCAGAGCAUCAACACGAAGCCAGCACCAACAUGCAGCAUGCAACCAGUCACCAGCUCGAAGUUGCUCCUCGUCGAAGAGUUGAUUGAACAUUUCUUGACAGUGUCCAGAAAGUAUGCACAUCAGUAAACUCAUCAAUUCCGAACCAAGUGAGCAUGCAUUCAUUUUCCUGCAGAACAGUCUUCUUAAUCCACCACUGCAACUAUGACCCUACAAAUGAAAACUAGUAUUGCUGAGUGGCCUUCUUAAACUAAAUGCAUGAUGAACAACAACUCGCAAUAUUACAACCACUUACAAGAAGAGCCCAAGAGAAGAAGCUGGCCAACAGCAGUCAAGAUUUACUGAACACCGUUUGAGAGAGAUGAUGUCUCAGUGCUCAUGAGGAUGAGAGGCACCCCAGGGAGAUGAGAGUGAGAAUCAGGUAGUGCAACUAGCUGAAUAUAAUGAAAUUUUUAAAAAUUCUCCUACUCAAGCGAACAACAUCAUCAAAAUACGAAUACUGAAACAAAGAAAGGGAAAGCGGCCUCAUAGUAAGACUACAAUAAGAUAGAUGAUAGAUACAAACAAUCACCGAUCUCAAGCUUCAUAACACCAAACACACGUCAAAAUGAGUCAGCAGAAACCGCCUACCGACGGUAGCGACCGGCUCCAAGCGAACAGGCCGCCCCCCACUGAAGCCGACUGGGAUCGCAUAGCACGAGAAUGGGGCGUCACGACCCACGGAACAAAUAGCAGUACGAACAAGGAUGGUCAUGCUGAUAUGAAGCCAUCUGGUCCCAGCAAGAGUUGCUCCAGACCAAGAGCGGACGACCCAUCAGCGAGACCCUCGCAAAGAAACUCAGCCAAAUCUCGCACAUCAACGGACAGCAGCAAAGAGGGAAAGAGUGAUCAAGACCCUACGUUUGCUGCAGGUGACCUAACCGUCGACGAUGGUGACAGAGCGCAGCCCAAGGAGACGCUCGCCAAGCCUGACACCGAGAUCCUCCCGACCCCAGCUGCAGCCAAGACAUCAAUGUCGAGGAAACGGCAGGCAAGCGCUGAACGAGCACAUCAAGAGAAGAAAGGGAAACAUGUCAGGUUUGAAGAUUCCAAGACACAGCACGAGCAAAAGGUAAACUCCUCAGUAUAUGAUAAACUGCGCCUGAAUUGUCAUGGCAUCAAUCUAAAGAACUCACGUUCAACCAAACUCCUUCCUAAAUGACAUGACCAGUUACUGACUCCAACUCUAGAGAAAGAGCAUUACAGAACAAUCUAAACCAACAUCAACUCUCUCCCAUCAAAACGAGUUGCAAUCAACACCAAACCUCAACUACAGGAUGCAGAACCUGAACUGCAAGAAGCUCCUGACAGUGCUGAGUCGAAUGCCAACGAAGGGCAGCAACAACGAGUCAAAGCAGAAGAGUCAAAAAGUGCGAACAGGAAAAAGCCACUUUCAGAAGCUGACCUAGUCCAACGGAUUGCACAAGAAGAGAGGAGCGGUGCCAAGAAAAACGAAUACAGGUCAAGGACGCUGAAGAGAAACCCAAUGGUGGCUCCGCCUAUCACUUCAGUCAAGAUGUUGGAGCCGCACUAUGCGAAGCCGAGUUGCCUUGACAGCCCAGCCUUGAGGAAAUUCGCGAAUGAUUUUCCGUCAGUAAUGAACGCAGAGAGCUUCGCAGGCAGGUCUCUAGCAGAACUACUCGACUUUCUCUGGAAAUGCAGCAACGUGGUUGAAACCCCAGCACUACAGCACCACAUGAAGGAGCUCUUCCCGCAGAAACCACUAUGCAAAGAUAUGGAAUCGCCGCUGGAGCGCAGAGCAGUUCGCGAGCCACGAGCUGUAGUCCUACAGUUCCUCCUUGGAGAACUACUUAACCCGGACGAAGUUGCAUCCAGGACGACUGUCAACACUCUCACCGACGAAGUCUCAACCCAACAGAGCUUCCAAGACCACAGCGAAGUCGCAGCGGCCCUUCAAAGCCAUGAGAAAGUAUGUCCACAACAUAUGAAUCAUUAGCACUUAGUGAAUAUGUCUUUCUUUCACAACACUCACAGAAAGUAAUAUGCUGAAGCCAACACGUUUCAUUGAGCAAGAAAUUACGUCUAUCUAAAUUUUCUAAAUUUCCUAAAAGCAGCUAUCACAAACAACACAACAACUCUCAACUACAGGCACUACCAGGGCUAACCCCGCAUAUCCUUGGUGGUGACGUCUUCGCAAGAGUCUUGCUGCGUCUUGCUGCAGCUGAUCCUCAACUUCAAGUGCAAAAAAGGAGCUGAACUUGAACCAGCACGAAUCAUGGCUCUCCUGCCACGCUCGAUCAAGACCUAUGUCAUCCUCCUACGCAACGCUGUUCUGGUAGCUCACUACCAGUUCAAGAUCCUGCCACAAUUCGUACUCGACGUUCUCACCGGUGACUUCCCGCUCAUCGCAGAGCAAAUCCGCGACUCAACAAGAACGGUCCACCCAGAGAUAGCCGAUGCAAUCAUUGAGACCGCAGAAAUCCUGAAGGCUGUCAUAGCCAAAAGCGGCACAAUCGACGAAUCAUGCUGCUUUCAAGAAACGCCUUUCUCAGUCACUGCCUCGAAAGUCAUGUGCGAGAUGGCAAGUGAAGCCCUCACUCAUGCAGCGUCGAAGCACACGACCCAACGACUUGCUGCUGGCGAAUUUGAUGACUUCCUCAUGAUCUCAUAUGAGGAACAAUACCAGAAUGUAGUCGCGCAUGAAGAUGCGUUCCAGUCACUAGUCCUGGACUGUGACACAUGGACACCUCUUGCUGGAAUUGAGUCCAACGCCACACCAGCAACGCAAGGCCAAGGCCCAGAAGACCAAAAGUCCUCGCCUGCACCCGCCGAGUACGGAGAUGGAGAUGAACAAGACAGCCGGAUCAGCAACGAUGUUGCGGAAGAAAUUGCCGAGAUAGAAGAAGACAAUGAUGACGAAGAUGACAAAGCUGAAGCUCUUCAAGUCGCAUUAGCAUCUGGCGAAGCACUAGGUGACGAUCAACAGCAACUCGAUUCAGUGCAGAUGAAGACUGAAAAGGGAUGGCGCCCGAAAGCGCACAGACCUGGCUCAGCAUCAACCCAAAACCGAGGGUCGUUCAGCCUAAUGCCAACUAGCACAACAACGCUUAAGAGGAAAAGCUGCGACGCUGAUCCGCAACAGAGCCACAAAAAAGCCUUCCAUCCACAGCCAAAGCAUCACAUCCCAGCAAGAAGAAUAGCAAGGAGCGCCAUUAACGAAGCUCUCAUCGGUGUCUCCGAUGGACAUCUUGUCAACAGUGCUCCUGAAACGUCGCCCUCGUCUCCUGAAACAUGCAGUCGCCAUAUAGCUCAGAUGCCACGGAUUGUUCAGAAGUACCUCAUGCAGAACAAUCUUUCGGCUCACUCGCAGCCAAGCACCAACUCAGCUCCGCACCAAAAACAGAGUCACCUUGCUGCGGCGUCAUGGCCUCAACAUGCUCUCAAGUGUGACAUGAUGCCAGCGGAUCUACCAUCUAUGACACCAGACCAGCAGCUCUCGCUUGAGGACCAAGAGGCGAGUCGUCAACAUCAAGCAACAAGUCUUUUUACAAACACAAACGCAAGGAGAGCCGCUGUCAAAGCAAGGCGCCAAGCAAUUUCAGGCAUCCCAGCAGAUAUCCACACAGAGCAGAGAGCGGCGCUUCAUCAAGGAGCCGCAAGUGCCGCAGCCGAAAGAACACAACAUCUCAGACCUGAAGAAUCCGACGUAGCACUUGCUGGAGGCAGGGCGAUAAUAGUAGGCCCGCUAGCCCAGAAAUGCAGAGCCACAGGUCUACCUCUCUACGAAGAUCCAGAUCCAGCAAACUUCGAUGAUGAAAUUGUAGACCCACUUGACGAACCGACUAUUCAGCUACCAAAAAUCCACCUCUACCAGUUCAUGCCAGGCGCGCUUAGUGGACAUGCAGUAAAGAAGUUGCUAAAUCCAGUCGCAUACCGCAUCACCAGGAGAUAUGUAAAGCUAGUACUGCAAAUCGGAAGCGUAACAGAGGACGACCUGCCAGAAACGCUUGAUGCAGUAAAAGCAUAUCAAGGCUUGUCGCUAGUUCACAACCAACAAGCAGUCAAUCUUAUCAGAGGAAAAAUCAAGUUUGCAGCAGAUCCGGAGAUCUAUGUCGAUGUCUUCACCAUGCUAGUCGCGAACAAAACCAGACCGUCGCAGCUUGCAGGAACCUCAGCUGACGAGAUCAUCAAGCAGAUGCAUCUCAUUCCACAUGCCGCGGUAGACUCAAUUGCUGUCUUGAAGUCAACACUCGAACUCCUUGGCUCAUCGGCAAUGUACAAGAAGUUCAAAAUCCCGCCGUCGUUCUUCAAUAUUCAGUCCGACGUCAUGAGCAACCUCCUGAAGAACACACAGAUGGUCCAAGGAGCAGUGGCAGCGUUCCAAGACAACCUCCAAGAUUUCAGCACACCGCACCACGCCAAAAUCAUUGCUCAAAUUCAAGGACUAGACCUAGUGAUGUUCACGAUGUUCACAGCCAACGCUUUCGAAAGAGAUUUUCAGACCUACACCGAGCUGAGAAGGGACAUUGAAGCCCUAAACGGAGUCAAGAACCAUCUUGCACAAGCAAAGCAGUCAUCACUUCUGUCAGCAUGUGUGAACUUCCUCGCGAACGAAGCCGACAUCUCAACGCUAACAAGGAAGCAAGUCAAAAACUUCUUGUCAAACGACGUCAGAACAUGCGUGCAGUGGGACCCAUCCAGGGCAAAGCAGAACGCACUCCCAAGAACCAACUCAUCGACAAGUUACAGUCAACGUGGAUCGAGCGCCCUGAAUCCAGUGCAUGACAAGAGGCAGAAGCACAACAACGUUAUUCAACAUCGGACAGGUGGUAAAGGCGCCCAGCACCAACACCAUGCACGUCAAGACAAAGACUCGUCAGCCUUCAAGGAUAUGGAGAAGAAGGCAAUGACCAAGAUCAAAGCUGAGUACAACGUCAACUGGAUCGACCCGAGGCAGAUCUGCCCUCUUUACGCAUGCGCGCGGCUAAAACUCCAUUUGCAAACGCCGUCUGGAGAGUGGAAAGUUCCGUUCUGUGGAAUAUCGAGCUGCCAGAGGCAUCGUCACACAGGCAUCACAAUCCAAGCCUGGACCAAACGUGAUUCGAGCACUGAUGACGUAAAUCCUAAUGGCCACGGUGGUCAAGACAACCAUGACGAAGAAGUCAACGAUUCAGCAGGGAAGAAGGGCGGAAAGAAGAAAGGAGAAAAAGGGGCUGGCAAGAAGAAGGGAAAUUGAGCGCCUGCUGAAUGCAUUCAUCCUCAGAAGUCAAAGUCAAUAGUGAUUCACCAUGCAUCCAGUAGCUCUUAAUUAGAUUUCAUGCACUCACUGUUAUCAUCAGUUCUGCAAAUGCAACUUGCUACAUCAACCCAUCACCUACAGUGUUUAGUGGAAGUAACCACUCAGUCCCGUACCCAUCUCCGAUAAAGGUGAACCAUAAUAGGAAAUGCCGACCCCCUAUCACUAAGUGUAGGACUUCUUCUUAAAGUAUCAACUUAGUAAGAAAUCAGUGACACAUUCCUGAAAGACAGCAUCUACUUGCAGAGAGCAAGCAUGAGCACCAGUGGCAACAGCCAAAGCUAGAGCACUAAUGCAGUCAGUGCACGAGAGAAGAAUCCGCACAGCAACAUGAGUGGCAAAUCACCAGCACAACCAAAUAUCUGAGGGAUGAGUGAGACAUAAGCUACCCAGCCCUCAAAUAGUGCUGAGUCUCCUAAAUUUUCCAGAGCAAUAUAGCACUGAAACUCCACUCACAUAUACCAUCCAUAAAACCAACAAUUCUCACAGGAACUCACUAAUAGCCACCCGACAAAUCGCCAAUUGAAGCAGAAGCAAAAGCCACCACUUAGUGCGUACCCGAUGAAGAAGCGGAAAGUCGUCUCAGAACAGCCAAGUUGGCCGACCGCCCCACUCAUCGUUCCAAGCGCUGACCCACACCACUAUGUACCCGAGACAAAAGAACAGCGUCGUGAGCGGAACGCAAUGGAAGACGAGGACCGUGGGAACAACCUCAACUCUAUGCACGGUAUGCAGCAAGCCAUUGAAUGGCAUGCGAGAACGGUAGCUGACUCCAGAAAUUCGCCUGAUGCCCUUGACCGUGAACGAGAAAGGAUGCUAAUGCAGAUUGAGGAUAUCAGGUCGAGCAUUGCUCACUCCGAUAAGAUGCAACAACGCAUCAGUGAAGACAGAGCCGUGCAGCACCCGAAUGUGCAGAAACUCAACGAGUUCUUCACUGGUCACAAGUCAUCGAAAUGGCUAACAGAAGAGAAAUGCCCAGCAGUAUGGGAUUUUCUUGCGAGGAAGUCAGGAUACCUCAGUGACGCAAAAAUCAACGACCUCUACGGCCCUAGCGGAACCCUGAAUCAAGGCUCGAGAACAGACGGACGAGUCUACAGGUUCCACGAUGGUCAUCAACUGAUGUUAAGUAGUACAAAUCGUUGCCAGUUAUCAUUGAUCUACUGUAGCCUCACAUGUAGACUCAUAAAACGAAUCUCAUCAAACACUACAAGUAAAUACCAACAAACGCCGACCUCAGCAUAACAGUCUCACUAUUACACAUCUCAUCCUCAGCAUACAGAUACACAGCAUGGGCAGACGCGAAACCUCUCUCUGAUCAAGAGCUUGACCGCCUCGACAAAUGCCCAGAAUCACGCGAAGCUCUCCGAGAAGCUCUCAAGCCGGCAAACAAGCUCAUCCACAAGCCAAUGGCGCAUGAAACCGACGAGAUCCUGCGGCGUGGAUUCGAUGUGAUCAAAGCCAGCUCAUGGCCAAACGCCCCAACUCUCGACGUUCUUGAAGAGGUGCCGCAAUGCAUUGAAGGAGAAUUCUUUGUUGGGGAAAAGAGAUUAGAAAAAAUGAUACCCAUCUUUAGCAUUGGACAGAAAUACUCAGUAACAGAGGCAUGCUUCAAGAAAAUUCGCAACAUUGCAAACGAAAAAGCGCGCAAUGACGCAGCAAGCGCUUUGACAGAACACAUUUGUCUACCACAUCUUCCAGUUAUUAUUGACUCUCUUGGACAGUGUCUCAACCCGAAAUCAACAACGCCACAUCUCUAUACCAAAAAGCACUUAUUUAGACAACUAUCUAAAGAGAGAGUCGAAGCAUCUAUCUGGCAGGACGCGCAAACCAUUUCUGGUGGAUGGGAUGAGCCAUCACACGACCAAAUAAAUGAGUGGUUCCUCCCGGUCGUCUCAAAAGUAGAUAUGUACUCGGCUUACUUCCAGUUUGCGAACUCCUAUGAACCAGGAACGUAUGGUCUUUGCUUCUGGAAUCCAGAGAGCCAGCAGGUGCAGGCGGCAGCGUCUCCAUCGCUGACCUUUGGAAACUUGCACUCCAUCUUCACAUUUACAGGUCUUGUAUCUCGCUUCAUAGAAACUGUUUGUAGAGUAACGCUCAAAGUGCCCGUGUUCUGUUAUGUUGAUGAUGUCAUAAGAUAAUUAUAUCAUGUGCAGAACUCGCUCCACAUUGCUUUAGAGCAGUCAAAAUGCUACUAGCUAUACUUGGAAUUGCGCAAAGCGACCACAAGGACAUUAUUGGGCGCACAGGAGUCCCCACUGACACACUGGGGGCCCAAGUCACUGCAUGCAAAAUUAGUAAUGUAGUUUCAGUAAAUAUGGAUAGAAAUAAAGUCCGUGAUGCUGUCGAAGCAGUCGCCAUUCUCAAUAAGCAAGUUUGCGAAAGAAAAGUAACGCUUCUGCAAGUACAAAGAACGCUAGGACUCCUAACAUAUCACCUUUUCUUCAGACGCUACAUCUCAGUUGGGCCACAGAUAGCCACCCUCCAUCGACUCACAGAUAUUAGUAAUAUCAAAAAGAUUAAUCAUCAACAGUUUGCAAGUAGACGAAAAGUUCUCUCGACCAUCCUCUUCACUACCGUGCAAGUUCUUAUUCAAAACGCCCCUCUCAAAUUAGACCGAGCUAUUCAAACUGCAAUUGGUGUCGAGAUUUUCUCAGACGCAGCUCUCGCUAACAAUGAGCUGUGGAUUGGAGCAGUCAUUCUUAUGAGUGGCCAAGCAAGGCACUUCUCAGUCAGCUACACUUUUAAAAAGAAUCAUAAUCAACUAUCUCCCGUGCAACUUCGUGACAAGACAAUUGGUUUCUACGAAUGCCUCACAGCUCUUGUUGCGCUUGAAGUCUUCCGCAAUGACGUAUCUAAUCGUAGAGGGAUUAUGUUUGUAGAUAACGUAGCUGCUGCUUUUGCUAUCGUUAAAGGGAUUUCCAACGACCCUGGCCUUGCAGCCAUAGUAUCCAUUAUCAUCCUGUUUUUCACGAGUGAAAAGUUCUUUGCACCAAUCAUGUAUGUUCGCUCAAAGAACAAUCCUGCAGACGCUCUCACAAGAAUGGAACUCUACAAUGACUUCAUAUCUCGCACUUACAGCUUCUCUAUUUUCAAGUCGCAUCGUGAAGCUGUUGAAAGUUUGCAACCAUUAAUGAACAAUGUCGCUCUCCGCUUCUCUCAUGCAGCACAACAAGCAGCAGCAGCGGCCUAAUCUAAAAAAGAAAGUCAUUCCACGUGAAGAUGCCUUCCGCAUUCCUGAGAAUGUUGAGAAUUUUGUGUGGCCCAUGGAAAUCAGUUACAUGCAAAGUUCAAGAACUAGUAGACGCAGCAAGUGGGCUGCUUUUCAAACUUGGUGGAACUCUUCACAUUCCUGCAAAAUCAACAUCUCUGCUGAGACCAAGACGGCAGAGGAAGUAACCUGCCCGAAUGUCAGGUAUGCGACUGACUUGUUCCAGUACGGUAGAAUGCUUCUGCAAUACGAUCUCCACAAUUCUUUCCAUCUUCACCUCUCGCUUGUAUCUCAGAGAUUAAAUCAACUCAACUGCUUAGAACGAGGGUCACCUUUCGGAAAUGACAUCCAGAAGCUGAUGUAUGCUGCCCUUCACCGUAUGAAACAAGAUUUCAAACGAAAGAAAGCCAAACCUGUCACACUCGAUGUCAUCCGCAGUCUCACCCCUAAGCAAUGCGAGAUUGCCAAACUCUGGAUCGCUACCGCCUUCCGUGAGCACUCCUUUGCAGCCGUAAAUGAUGACUCAGUCGAGUUCGUGCCCAACAACCCGCUGUGGACUCUUCUCACCACUACGCUCAUCAAGUUCAACCCAGACGAAGAAGACUUUUUUGCCGUACUAGUCCCGACCUCGUUAGUGACUCUCAACGCAAUCUACGCGACGCAAGCAGAUCUCAGCAGAGUUUCCUCCGCGUGCAGAACUUCUUCUCAUGGGUUCAGACGCACAACCGCAAUUGCGCUUCGGAUCCUCCUCGCGUCUGUUGGAUUUGACAGAGUUCUCGACAUUCCACUCCAAACAAUGUGCAAAAUUGGAGACCACAUGGGGUGGAGUGCAAGAAAUCAACGCACAAGGUUUGACGAGUAUUCAUCUGAUUGGCGCCAAUGGGCAGCACUUGAGUUUUUCCUUCCUUUUAUGACAUCCCAACUGAUCCUUGGAGAUGUCCUCCCAACUGAUCGUCCUAUGAUUAACAUGGUAAAACUCUGAAUCUUUCUCCUGCUUCUUCACAUCCCAAAUUCUCUAAGUCCAUUAAACCUCGAAGAGGCGAAGCCUUCCACGACCACAACACCCAGACGUCCAAGUGUUGCUCACUUUCUGCUUCGCGUCCUCCGCUUAGGACCAGAUCGCACCAUGCACGUAUAGAGAGCAGAUCUAUCAUGAAUGAAAGAUCCUUGUCUGUACGAUCUGUUUCUGUCACGGUGUGGAGAACUGAGCGUGAGGCCAAUGAAAGCCUUGGCUUUCAUUGGCCUCACGCUCAGUUCUGUCACGGUGUGGAGAACUGAGCGUGAGGCCAAUGAAAGCCAAGGCUUUCGCUCUAUCUGGAAAACAGGAGUACGAGUGUGAAGGAGAGUGGUCACAGAUAAUAUUUGUACCGCCGGAGUAAAUGUGAUAUGAUGACCACCUCCUUCAUGCAGAGAAGAGAGCGAGAGCUCUUUAUGGUAAAGAGUGCUGUUAUGGUGCAAGCACCUUUGUCGGUAUCAUCAUCUUUGUAUCAAUUGGGCUGGUCUUUUCGCCUGAGUCUCUGUUUCUUUUCCCACCCUUCUACUCCCUCGACUCCCAAGGUGUCUCACGAGCAGUCCCAUCCCUGAGAGAGCAGAUCUAUCAUGAAUGAAAGAUCCUUGUCUGUACGAUCUGUUUCUGUCACGGUGUGGAGAACUGAGCGUGAGGCCAAUGAAAGCCAAGGCUUUCGCUCUAUCUGGAAAACAGGAGUACGAGCGUGAAGGAGAGUGGUCACAGAUAAUAUUUGGAGGUAGAGCAGCAGAAGGAGGAGCCAGUAGAGGUAGAGGACAAGGGAGAUGCAGCAGCUGUUCCACCAGCACCAGAAGCAGAACAAGGAGAGGAGGAUAACGAAC